AGCUUAAUAUUUCCAGAUAUACCAGAAGACUAGUGAGGAGACAGGAGCCGCUGCCGCCAGGUUUGUCAUCGUUAUCGAGUCAUCGAUAAACCAAAAUUCGCUGUUGUUUUUCUUUUGUUAUUUUUAUUUUGCAAAGACCAAAGAUAAAAUAAUUAUGUGGCUUUGUGCAGGAAAAUAGGCAGUGCAAAGGCCACUCCUAAAGCCGAAACAAUCUUCCAAGAGGAAAGGCCAAAAACAAAACAAAAAGAAAACCAACAAGAACAACGAACCGAAACAAUGCAGUGAAAUCGAACGAGGGGAAAAAAACAACAACAAAAAAAGCUACAACGAAAAGAAAACAAACACAAACAAAGCAGGAAGGUGGAAGCAGGAGAACAUGGAUAACUACGACCUGGAGGUGGACCUAAACUUUGUGCAGCUUAGCCGCCAGCAGCUGCUGCAGCGCUAUGCGGGCGCAGUGCAUCAAUUGCGGCGCCUGGCCGAAACCCGCUGCGAGGUGCGCUCGGUGAGCUUUGACAACUAUGUGCUGUUCCAAUACUUUCGCCACCGCAACUGGCAGGCGGGCAUCACCCCCCUAAUGCCACCGGCACCCCUAAUGACCUAUCUAAAACUGGAGGUACUGCAUCAUCUGCUCGACCGGCGGCGUCAAAUCCUCUGCUGGUUAUUCUACUUGACACUGGUAUCGCUAUGCGUGGCCGCCUAUCGUUAUGAGACCACCAGUCCCGGUGGCCAUCAGGAGCGCGUCGUCCAGUCCAUGGUGUAUCCGGGCAUGCGAAUGUGGCGCCGCAUGACCAUGCCGCUAAUCCAGCGCUUCCCCCAGCUCACCGAGCUAUAUGACGAAUCCUGCCUGAUGGGUAAUCCGUUCUUCCAGGUGGAGGAUCUCAGCUGCGGUCCCUGUGCCAAUGUCGAGAGCGUCUGGCUGGAGGGUGAGGAGCAUCAUCAGCUGCCCGGUGGCAGUGGUAUUGAUACUGCCGCUCCAUUUGCCUUCCGCAGCCACCAGGAGGCCAUCGAUCUGGGUGACUUUUAUAACAUCUAUGCAAGCAAUCAUAAGAUCUUCCAGCGUGAUGCCUAUCGGGUGCAUUCCACCAAUCAAGGUGUUCACAAUCUGGAGGAUCUGUUUGGGCAGUUUAAUAGCAGUGCGCCGCCGCCGCCUAGAUGGACACAGCAGGCGCAUAAUUUGUGGCGUUGCAAUCGAAUGCUGCCGGCCCGCCUCCUCCGGCCGAUUUUUGCCAGGCCAACACGUUUGCCCAGCAUGGGCGUGGCCCUGGAAAGGUAUGUGGCCAUUGAUACGGCCCAGGCGCCGGCCUAUACACUGCCGGAAACGGAAUGUCCCAAUGUGUAUGUCCAUCAGGCGGUGGGCACCAGAUUUAUAAUACUAAGGCCCACCAGCGAGUGCCGGCACCGGUGUCGCACUCUGUCCCUGCGGCUCACCCAGUCCUAUGUGCUCAGUUACAAUUGGUUGUACUGGAAACCGAUCUCUGCACCGGAUCCCAUUUCUGAAACGCUGUCCAUCAGCCUCAUUGGAUCCUACUGCUAAAGAUGGAGAGGGGGUAUACCCUCCAAGCCACACCAUACUCUUCCCCAGCUCGUAGCUUUAAGCGCCAUAAAACACCCAAAAACCAAACUAAUUUACGAAUUUCUGCCGCUCUAAGCUCCAAACUGAAACCCAAAGAAGUUGGGUUAGCUGGAAGCUACACCUUUGCUUUAUAUUCGAGAACCUUAAGGCUCAAAUUCGUUGCCACCCUGUGUAAUCCUCAAGUCCUAGUUCGUAAGCAUUAGUUGUAACAGUUAACAGUUAGAAGCCUUCAACCAUUACCUUAAACCUUGCUCCUCCCUCCCUUUUGUGUUCAAACAUUUUUGCAUUUAUACAAUUAUAAACUUGUAUUCGGUAUUUAAAAGUUUUUGUUCUCACGGAAAACCAAGGAAACUCUGUAGAUUAAGUCAACGGAAGCGAUUUUGUAAAUAUCCAUUGCCAGGACUUGAAGUUGACUUUGUGUUUUUGCAACAACUCACGAAAUAAAAUCAAUAAAACUUAUAAAAAUGAAAAAA